GUUAGAGAAUGGGGAUGCGGUGUUUGUCUUAUGUGGAGUUAUUCGUAUGGCGUGAAUUUUGGGGGAUUUGUUAGGUGGUGUGUUGAUGUUGAUUAUUUUCUACAAAACCAUGUUUUGAAUAAACAUCAGAAGAAUUGGUUGGGAUAGGAAGUAAAUUGAAAGCCAAGACUGAGGAAAUGGAAUUGGGUUAAGUUUAACUUUGAUGAAUGCUCUCUCUCAGUGUCACCGUGAAAUUUUGACUAGAUGGACCGCCGUAGUUGGCUUUGGCGACGAAAGUCUUCGGAGAAAAGUCCCGGUGAAACAGAGAGUUCUGGCUCCAUUUCGUCCCUUUCUGAAAGAUUCUCUGAUGAUCAGGCUUUUCCAACUCAUAUUUCUCACUCUCCAGAAGUCACAUCGAAAGGUUUGCCUGCGGAUGAAGAAGUGACUGAUAAUGUGAGGAGUCUGACUGACAAACUCUCUGCUGCUCUUCUGAACAUUAGUGCCAAGGAAGACUUGGUAAACCAACAUGCCAAAGUUGCAGAAGAAGCUGUUUCAGGGUGGGAGAAGGCUCAAAGGGAAGUGUCGAGUUUAAAGCAACAACUUGAGGCUGCUGCUCAGAAGAAUUCAGCACUUGAAGAUCGAGCUGCUCAUCUUGAUGGAGCACUCAAGGAAUGUGUUAGACAGCUCAGGCAAGCAAGAGAUGAACAACAGCAGAGGAUCCAAGAAGCUGUUGCCGAGAAAACUCGCAAGUGGGAAUCAGAAAAGUCUGAUCUUCAGAAACAGCUCUUUGAUCUACAGAAACAACUUGAAAAUGCCAAAGGUGAGGCUGUCGUCUCAGUUGAUAUUGAUCUUUUCUCGAAGCUUGAGGCUAUAGAGAAAGAGAAUUCAUCUCUUAAACUUGAGCUCCUUUCUCGUGUUGAAGAGCUAGAACUUAGGAUUAUUGAGAGAGAUCUAAGCACCAAAGCAGCUGAAACAGCCAGCAAGCAACAUUUGGAGAGCAUUAAGAAGUUAGCUAAGGUUGAAGCUGAAUGCCGAAGGUUAAAAGCUGUGGCUCAUAAAGCAAUCACUAUGAGUGAUCAAAAGUCUUUCACUGCCUCCUCAGUUGGUGUUGAAUCUAUCAUAGAUAGUCAGUCAGACAGUGGGGACAGGCUACUAGCAGUUGAAACCGAUACACAUAAGAUGAGUGGCUUGGAGACAAAUGAAUGUGGGACAAGCCAUACUGACUCAUGGGCAUCUGCUUUAAUCCCAGCAAUUGAUAAAUUUAAGAAUGAGAAGGCGCUGAGCAGAAAAUUCAUGGUCCCGUCUAUGCAAAUUAAUCUCAUGGAUGAUUUUCUGGAAAUGGAAAGGCUAGCAGCUUUGCCUGAUACUGAAAGUAGAAAUAUUUGCCUGGAUGCCGAACCAGUAUCAAAACAACUCAGUGCUGGUGAGAGCUCACUAAAAGCUGAACUUGAAGCCAUGAUUCACCAGACUGCUGAGCUUGAAGAAAAGUUGGAAAAGAUGGAAGCAGAAAAAAUGGAAUUAGAGAUGGCUUUGACUGAAUCCGAGAAGCAGUUUGAGAGAAAUAAAAAUCAACUGAGGGAGGGUGAGGUAAGGCUGGUGGAGCUGCAAACUCAAUUAGCUCUUGCAAACAAAUCAAAGCAAGCCAUGGAAGUAGAAAUAAUGGCUGCAAAUGCAGCAAAAGAAAUGUCAGAGUCUCAACUCAGAGUUGUUGAAGCAGAGAUGAAAACUCAUUUAGCUCUUGCAAACAAAUCAAAGCAAGCUUUGGAGGAAGAAAUGAAAGCUGCAAAAGCAAGAAAAGAAGUGGCAGAGUCACGACUUAGAGAUGUUGAAGCAGAGAUGAAAACUUUGCAUUCAAGAGUUGCUUCCUUAGAAGAAGAAGUUGAAAAGGAGCGUACCCUGUCAGAUGAAAAAUUAUCCAAUUUUCAGAAAACCCAGGAUGAGCUAAUAAAAAUGAAAAAUGAAGCCAAGCUCCAGCAUUCUGCUAGCUCUAAAAUAGAUUUGAAGAUCUUACAGGUCAGUGAUUUUAGAACUUUUUUUAUUGUCUAAAGUUAUAUUUAGGAAUAAAAGUUCACUGCAAACUUCUGAUAUAAUAGUUGGCUAAAUCGUGUGCUCGGUAAUUCUUAAUGCUACCAUACCCCUAUGCUGAACUACUCUCCUCAUAUUUUGCAUUUAGAGAACAGCAGACUUAGUGUCCUUGGUGUGGUGGAGUUUGAGAUGUUAAACAACUUGUGGGUUGGUUAUAUCUUAGAAUUGACUAUCAGAAUUCUAGUGCUAUUAUUUAAUGACCCAUUAAGAGAGGGUAAAAAGUUAAAAUGAAGAAUAAUCAACCAAUCACUAACCUUGCAAGAUACAAUAUAUGAUGCUCUCCAUCUGUAUAACUAUGCAUAAAAAUAUUUGAGGUGAAAUACUACUAUGAUGUCACCAUCAGGGCUAUUGUUCUCUACCUAUUGUACUCAAAAUUUAUAAAAUCCAUCAAACCGGCAAGGAAAGCAGAAUGGGAUCCCUCUCAUUCUGUUUCAUCUUUUGCUUGGGGUGACAUCAAUUAUUUUGGUCAGUUUCCAAUAGUUACUCUUUUGGCAGGAACUGGGUAUUUAAUGGGCUUUCUGCUAGUUUGGGGUUAUAAUUGAGAGAGAUUUUCUUUAGAGAGAAAGUGAACAAAGAGUAGAGAGAGAAGAAAGUACCAAGUCAUUAUCUUGGUUACUUUGGUCUACCUGUCUUGAUAUGAAUAUUUGAAAUAUUUUUUCUUGACAAGGUCAAAGAAAGAAAGAAAACCAAUGAAAGGUGCUUCAACCAUUGAAAGCCAAUAGGGUCUAGAAAUCUUGAUGUUGAAGAUUAUCUAUCAGUUUCUCAUUACAAGUUUACAAGGUUACUGGUAGUAGGCGGCUUACUCUUUAGACCUGUUAAGUUACAUCCUGAAACAUAAGAACUCCCUGAAAUAGGUAACCACUUAAGGAACCUGCCAAAUGAAAACAGGCCUCAAGAAAUAGGGAUUUUGCUGUGUAUAUAAAUUCAAUUAUAGUGUUAAAAUUUUGUGAUUUUCAUGUUUUGACGAGAUUUUCUUUUAAAAUUCUGUUCAAUGAGUUAUAUAAGAGUACACACACAUAAUGAGUUGGGAUGCUGUAAUUUGAAUUUUUUGGCUUAAAUAACUCAAAUUUUGAACCAUCCAUCUAUUUCAUUCCAAAGGUCUAGAGUUGUGAGUUGGCAUCAACAAUAAUUGUCUUUCAAUUUUAAUGGACGAUU